UUUGACUUGGGCCAUUUCAGACCAACGCUUCAAAAUACCUCCGCUUCUGAGUUUCUGUCUUAAGAUGCAGGUCAUGCCGCUAGGGCCAAAAGGCGCGAUUGAAAGUUGAUGGGUGCAGGUUGCAUUCUCGUUACUUUAGGUUACGCUCCAGGUUGGUGGGUUGUGACUCUUUCCGCACCUAUGUCCAAUUGGCGGUGGGCAUGCUUCGACAGCUCGCCCAGCAUGUUGGCAAGAAUACAUUAAAAUUGGAGUCCUUGUGCUGGGCUGAUCGUUGCCUUUGUGUAUCUCAUGACGUCUCUCAAACUGCCAGUCCCCGUUAACCAAUAAUCAUCUCACCAUCUCUCGCGAUGUUGGAAAAAUGCCGUCCAUGGGUGUUGUUGUAUCACUCAAAGAAUCCCUACUACCAAUAUCAGCAGAUUCCCAACGCUCUCUCAUUUUCGCUUUUUCAACCAUCUAUCAAGUCCCAGUUUUUCCUUGUCAGAUAUCAGAUGCAGAGCUAUGUUAACUAGCCUCUCCCUCAGCGGGGCAUUUCGACCCUACAAUUUUUGCUCCGGUUGAACGGGAAACGAUAGUCGAAUCCCGAGGUUGAGAUAACCCCUCUUUUCUCUCCAUUCAUGGAUGCGAAGACCUUUCCCACGUUCGCGUAUUACCUUGAGUAUUCGUCAGAGUCUGGGUCGGGCCUAGGUUCAGAGAUGUUUUGUUUCCUGCCUUGAGUUUUUACAAUACAAGCCUGUGGCGGUUGACCCGUCAUCGAAGUAGAAAGGGCCAGGGAUUUUAUGUAGGAUUCAUUCUCUUGGCCCUUUCUUUCCUUAACCCAAACCCCCCCACAAGCAUUCCCUGGAAGAUAAAUAUCCCGCCGGAUGGGAUGUUGUGUCAUAUUAUUUCCAUUAUUCGUCAAUCAGAAUGCUCUGACUUGAGACCUUUCCCCCUCCAAGGCAACAAAGACAGAAAUGUCACUCACUUUCGUUGGGACCCUUGUGAUUCUUGUGAUCUCUUUUCGCACAUAGGCUAUAGCCCAGUUCUCCGCGCAUUUGAUGUUAGAGGGAUAUAGAGACCGGAUAGGAUAGAAUGCUUGUUUGGGCGGCGGGUGGCGCGCGGAGUACCUGGAAUGUAACUCUCUUAUGAUAGCAAUUAAGGAUGCCCCUCGUUGCUAAUAAUAAACUAGAGCAAAUACAUGGACAAUGCAUAUAGCAUGCGCCGGGCAGAGACGGACGAAUAUUUGUCAUAUUUACAUUUGCCGCCAAAGAACGUUCUCGUUGCUUCUGUGAAGUCGGCGAGUGUUCAGCACAUAUGGCGAGAGUUUAGUGACUCUAAUAAUGUAUGUUUCGCCGUCGAUGGUCUCAAGGAAUGUGGGGUAGGGUAUCUUUCGGCUGGAGGGCCCUCGGAGAAUUUAUAUCGAGAGAUGAGCAUGAUAAACUGGGUCUUGUCCCUGUCUGUUGGGUAGUUAAACUCAAGGACCCCUCCCAGCCGAUAGCCCGUCUAACUCCACCCAUCUUGUAAAGUGAAUAUUUCCGGUUGGGUUUUGGUAGGAGAGCUAUAGAUAGUCUAGUUCAUGCUAAAUGCCAAUAUCAACGUCACCAUUUCUCAAAAACAAGCAACAUCACUCAUUAACCGUAUUUUGAAAUUUACCCUAGAUGCAGACGCAGCCCUCGAUUCCUGACCUCGUCUAAGAUGUCCUCUGUGAUAUAAUUAGUAUGCGUCCCGCCUUCGCCUUUCGGAGCGUGAAGGGAUAUGUAUAUCAGAUAGGCAAAAAGCUCACGUCAACCAGUGGGUCUCCUUUUGGAUUUCAUAUCCGGCGAAUCCAGUAGUAACCAUCUCUGCUUAAUCGAUUAUUUAUCAAUCAGUCCCUAGUGGUGUAGUGGCUAACAUCGCUGUCUUUCACACAGCAGCCCAGGGUUCGAUUCCCUGCUAGGGAGAUGAAAUCGUGUUUCUUUUUAAUGUUUUCUCUAUUUUCUUUUUUCAAUAUUCUCCUUUUUUUUAUUUAUUUGCCCAAAGGUUUCCCGUGCCCUCGUCGUUAUGUCCCUCUUAACUAAAAUUGGGCUCUAAUGGGAUGAAGGAAUCGGCAUUCGGAUUAUCUAUAUUCCAGCCCUGGAUCCUGACUCGGCGGAAGUGUCAAAAAAAAAAGUAUGAAGCAAGUACGGAGACGAGACAUGAGUUUAUUUCUUAUUAUUGUUUUUCAGAAAUUCUUGUUUAAUUCCGGACCAUCUUGAAUGAGGGCCUCCCGAGCUUCGGGUCUUCUGCACACUGGUCGACUUGCAUUCUCAAGCCCCCAACAACACUUCCGCAGCCUGACCCGCUUCUCUCGUUGCCCAACGCGCAUUGCCUUUUCUGCCAACCCCGCCAUCCCUCCAUCCCCCCACACUCACCAACAGUGCCUCUAUCACGGUAAUAACAAUAAUUCCACAGACGCAAUGGGCAAGGAAAAAGUAUCUUUCAACCUGAAAACCCCCAAGGGCACCAAGGACUGGUUUGGCUCCGACGGCCUCCUCCGCGAUCGGAUCUUCAGCACCAUCACCGAAGUUUUCAAGCGCCACGGCGCAACCUCCCUUGAUACCCCCGUCUUCGAGCUGCGCGAUAUCCUCGCGGGCAAAUAUGGCGAAGACUCAAAACUCAUAUACGACCUGCAAGACCAGGGUGGAGAGCUGUGCUCACUCCGCUACGAUCUGACAGUCCCCUUCGCCAGAUGGCUCGCCAUGAACCCCAAUGUGCGCAACAUAAAACGCUACCAUAUCGCCAAGGUAUACCGACGUGACCAGCCGGCUAUGUCCAAGGGCCGCAUGCGCGAGUUUUAUCAGUGUGAUAUCGACUUUGCAGGUGCCAAUUAUGAUCCCAUGGUGCCCGACGCGGAGAUCCUGAGGAUUGCGACUGAGGUGUUUGAGGAGUUGGGAUGGAAGGGGAGGUACACUAUCAAGAUUAACCAUCGCAAGAUUCUGGAUGGGCUCUUCGAGGUCUGCGGUGUGCCGAAGGAGAAGAUACGGACUAUCUCCAGCGCCGUUGAUAAGCUUGACAAGAUGCCAUGGGCGGACGUGCGGCGGGAAAUGGUCGAGGAGAAGGGACUCGAUAGCGCCGUUGCGGAUAAGAUAGAAACAUAUGUGGUCCAGAAAGGCGGGCGGGAGUUGGUAGAGUCACUACUGUCAGACGAAGCGCUCCUCGCAAACCUAUCUGCCAAGACUGGGUUGGAGGAAAUGGCCCUCCUGAUGGACUAUCUCGAAGCAUUCGAUAUUCUGGACAAAAUAUCUUUCGACAUGAGUCUAGCCCGUGGCCUGGAUUACUAUACAGGUGUUAUCUACGAAGUCGUCACAGAAGGAUCAGCACCCCCUGCCGCCCCCUCAGCAGGCGAGGAAGCUCAAAAGAUACAGAAGAAGAGUAAAGGCAAAGCCAAGAAUGAUGAUGACGAUGACCGAUCGAAUGACCCCUCGAUAGGAGUUGGGAGCAUUGCUGCUGGUGGCCGAUAUGACGAGCUUGUUGGUAUGUUCUCAAGCAGGGCACAGAUUCCCUGCGUAGGCAUUUCGUUUGGAGUCGACAGAAUUUUUUCAAUCACCAAGGCGCGAAUGGGAGAGAAUAACCGCCCCAACAAGCUCUGCGACGUUGACGUUUACGUUAUGGCGUUUGGCGGGAAGGGCUUCACCGGCCUACUCAAGGAGAGAAUGGAAGUCGCCAGGAGUCUAUGGGAUGCUGGCCUUAAGGUCGAAUUCUCCUACAAGCGCAAGCCAAAACCCAUCCAACAAUUCGACGCUGCCGAAGCCAACGCGGUGCCCUUCGCUGUCAUUCUUGGCGAGGACGAGCUAGCCGCUGGCCAGGUACGUGUCAAGGAGAUGGGACUGGACAAGGGACACCCGGAAAAGGAUGGCGUAUUGGUUAAUCUAUCGACGUUAGCGGAGGAAGUAAAGGAGCGAUUGGAGCGGAAGAAGACUGCUGCUGCAGCCGCCGCUGCAGCCUCGGCAAUUGAUGCUGAUGAGGCGGGGAUUGUGAAGAAGAUAGAAGAUUUAGAUGUUAAGGGGCAAUAGAGGGGGUUUGUGCUUCUGCCUGUCCGUAGAUGUGGAAUUUGGGAGGGAAGACAGGGAGAAAGCAGAUCGCUCUACGGUGUCACCCCCGCCCCCUGCACCGUUAUUAUUUGCGAGAUAAAUGCAUUUUUGCCUUUCGUUCCCGCUGUGUUUUACUAUUUCGGAUACGUUAAGGUAUAGAUAUGGCCGUAGGUAGUUUUGUCGCCUCUAAGUAGAACUUUAGAAUCGUAGAUCGAUUUCCACAAAGAGAUUGUAAUGUGCCGUAUAAUAAAUAUAUAUACUAUACAAAGGAGAUAAAUCGUUCUAACAGACCGAGAAAACUAUCUUGCCGUUUAGGUUUUAAAACUAAAAAUAAAAUACAAUAUGGUAUAUAUAUCAUUAGGGCUUAUUACCUAGCGAGAGAGUAGAGAAAUAACCCGCAAGAGCAUCUACGCUCCAGCAGCAAUCUUCAUAAUAAAGCCCUUUAGUGAGGGCAAGCGGUCAACCAUGUUCAGCCCGAAGCUCCUACCCCAUGCAACCGGCCCG